AUGUCUACCGAUAGUAAUGUUAAUAAUAGCGGUACUAUGUUUAUUAAUUCAGAAAUCUCUUUGCCACGUAUAGCUCGUUUUUGGUUGAUGCUUCUCUUUAAUAUUCCAUCAACAAUCUGUAGUAUGUGUCUUGUUUCUUAUAUACUUAUAACUCGAACACAGCGACAAGCACUACACAAUCAUACUAUUCUUGCUAUAUUAAUCUUUGGUUUACCUAUUCAAUUUAUUGAUAUCAAUUUUUAUCUUGCUUUCUAUCAUAAUGGUGUUGUACAACCACCUACACAUAGUGUUUGUCUUUUAUGGUGGUUUACUGAUUUGGGCUUUUAUACUGGAGGUGUUAUUUUGAUGGCUUGGUUAGCUAUUGAGCGACACAUUAUAAUAUUUCAUGAUCGUUGGCUUUCAACUAGGACUGGGCGGCUCUUAUUUCAUUAUCUACCACUAGUUAUUUUCUUUCCACCGUGUGAAGAUACUUAUGAUUACACAUUACCAGUAUGUAAUGCCUCACCAUGCUAUCAAUCGUAUGGUAUUUUUACAAUGUGGGAAUUGAUUGUCAAUGGCAGCAUACCAAUUUUCCUAGAAGGUAUAGCUAGUGUAGGUCUUAUUAUUCGUGUACAAGUACAAAGGCGGCGUCUUUAUCAAUCAGCUCAAUGGGGCAAACAACGACGAAUGAUUAUUCAGCUAUUUUUGGUAUCUGGUUUAAAUAUGAGUUUCAAUCUACCAAUUUAUUUUAUACCCAUCCUUCGUCUCUGUGGUUUACCACCAGACUGUGGUGUACAGGCUGAACUUUAUUUCUUUUUUCUUGGCUAUUUUGUUAUUUUUCUCUUUCAAUUCAUACCAAGACAAGCGCAUCAUACAGCAAUAGUUAUACCUUUAGCAAUGAAAACCGCACCAACGAAUAAAGCAGCUUGA